AUGGCGACCGUCCAAGCUUUCAGGGAAUGGUUUUGGAAUGAAAGGGUGUGGCUACCCGGGAAUGUUACAUGGGAAGACUUCGAAAAUCCCCCACCCGGUGAAUAUUACCCAUUAGAAAGACAUAUUCUCCUUCCAAGCUUCUUCCUAGGUGUCCUUCUGCUUGGAGUUCGUUUUGUUUAUGAAAGAUGUUUGGUGGUCCCGUUUGCCAAGUACAUGGGUCUGACCUUCAAGAAGCAAUACUCUGUAGAGGUGAACCCCACUCUGGAAGCUACAUAUUCUUCUGUCAAGUAUCCUGAACAGCAACAAGCCCAGCAACAAUGUUGUUUUGUUUAUCAACAGGAAUUGUCCAAGAAGACAAGCCUGACAGUACGGCAGAUACAAAGAUGGUUCAGACACCGACGCAGUCAAGAAAUGCCGGGCAGGAUGAAAAAGUUCAGGGAAUGCAGCUGGCACUUCCUUUUCUACUCCGUCAGCUUCUUCGCUGGCCUGUAUGUUCUGUGGGAUAAACCCUACUUCUGGGAUUCUAAGUAUUGCUGGAUAUCCAGUGGAAGACAGCAUGUUCCCAAUGAUGUCUACUGGUACUACACAAUAGAACUGGGAUUCUACUGGAACCUUGUGUUUACACUGGUAACAGACCACAAGAGGAAGGAUUUCAAAGAACUUGUUGUCCACCACAUUGUCACCAUUUUGCUCAUCUACUUUUCAUUUGCUGCAAACCAGAUUCGCAUCGGAACCCUCGUCUUGCUUGUUCAUGAUGCUGUUGACUUCUGGAUGGCCGGAGCUAAAAUGGCCAACUAUGUGAAGAAAGCCACCCUUACAGAUGUACUGUUUGGGGUCUUUUUAGUUGUGUGGUUAAUUACCAGGACAUAUAUCUACCCAUUCAGGAUUGUACGCUCAGCGACCUUUACAUCUCUGGAGUAUAAUGCUAUCUGGCCAGCUUACUGGUUCCUCAACAUACUGCUCUGGAUCCUGCAGGUUCUUCAUAUCAUCUGGACUUACUUAAUCUUUCGCAUUGUGGCCACAAAGUUCACAGGCGAUAAGAAGCUCAAAGACCUCAGUAGUGACACAGAAGAUUCCACGGGUGGGGAGGAGGAGGAUGAUACAAAGAAAGAAAGGAAAAUCGAAGCCAAUGGUUCUCCAGGAUGGAGCAGGAGUCCGAAAGCUGCUGACACCAGGAAGAAACGAAGGGCAUAA